AACUAAAGCCCCUCGGACCCAUCCAAAUCGAAGCGGUCACCUGCAAACCUCAGCUUGCUAGUCGCAAUCCCCUUGCGAAUCUUCUGCUGCUUCUAAUCUUACCUGUUUCUUCACCACAAGAAUCUCGCCAUGUCCAGCCAGUCGUCAUUAGAUGCCGCCGCGAACGAGCGGAAGGCUCGUUUGGCCCAGUUGAAAACCCUCAAGAGGAAACAGGAAGACAUACAAGAAGACAAGACGGAGCCAGCUGAUUUGGCGGUCGAGGGAAAGCCAGCGGAUGUUACAACAAAGUUUCUGUCGGGGCGUAAUUAUGACGCUGAAAUGCGCGCCCCGAAACUAGGCUUUGAAAUGGGCCCCAACGAUAAUCAAAUCACUCUCGAAGACCAAGCCCGGGACAUUGCUGAAGAAACUGCGAAAAAAGCCGAAGAGGAAGAGAAGGCGGAUAAGCCAAUCGAUUUGUUCAGAUUACAACCAAAAAAACCCAACUGGGAUCUCAAGAGAGACCUAGACAGGAAGCUUGAGAUUCUCAAUGUCCGGACAGAUAAUGCUAUUGCUCGAUUGGUUCGGGAACGGAUCCAGGGAGUCCAACCGACAGCCAAUGGCCAGGGCGAAAAGAAUGGAAAUCAUGGGCUGGAGGGAACCUCACUGGUCGAAGGAGUGCGUGUACGAGAAAGGGAGGAAGAAGAGGACCGGCGGUUAAUGGAAGAGGAGGAUCUAGCAUAAAAUAAGAUCGGAGGGAAGUACGCAUAUUAGGAAUUUGACAUACGGACCGGGCAAAUUAAGGCGUCUUGGUUACAUAGGCGACGGGCCUGAGAUGAACAAUAUCUUGGGUUCAUUCAUCUUUUGAAAUUGCAAAGAGAAGUGGGCUGUGACAAGAUACAUUCACAAGCGGUGGUAC